GUACCGCGGUCAUAUACCCCAUAGACACAACGCCUUUGUUUGUUUCUUGUGAGAAACAAACAAAAACAUCAACUCCUCUCUCUCCUCUUCAUCUGUAUAGAUAAAUCAAUACAAAAACACACACACACACACAAAGACUCGGAUUUGAGUCGGAAAGAAUCACAGAGCUCAGAGCAGAGAGUACUCUCAGCACACACACAAAAUGGGGAAAGGUGGCGCUCUGAGCGAAAGCGUCCUGAAGAAGAUCGUCCUAUCCUACACCUACGUAGGAAUCUGGAUCUUCCUGAGCUUCACCGUCAUCGUGUACAACAAGUACAUUCUCGACAAGAAGAUGUACAACUGGCCAUUUCCGAUCUCUCUAACCAUGAUCCACAUGGGUUUCUGUUCUUCCAUCGCCUUCUGCCUUGUCCGAGUUUUCCGUCUCGUGGAACCAGUUUCCAUGUCAAGAGAUCUCUACCUUUCAUCGGUGGUACCCAUCGGAGCUCUCUAUUCUCUCUCUCUCUGGCUUUCUAACUCGGCCUAUAUCUAUCUCUCUGUCUCAUUCAUCCAAAUGCUCAAAGCUUUGAUGCCUGUAGCUGUGUAUUCAAUUGGGGUUUUGUUCAAAAAGGAUUCUUUCAAAUCUGAUACAAUGGCCAACAUGCUCUCGAUCUCUGUCGGUGUGGCCAUCGCCGCCUACGGUGAAGCGAGGUUUGAUUCAUGGGGUGUUUUCCUUCAAUUGGGUGCUGUUGCUUUUGAGGCCACAAGGCUUGUCAUGAUUCAGAUCUUGCUCGCCUCUAAAGGCAUAACCUUAAAUCCCAUUACCUCGUUGUACUAUGUUGCUCCUUGCUGUUUCGUUUUCUUGCUAGUUCCAUGGAUCUUCGUCGAAUUGCCGGUUUUGAGAGAGUCUUCGAGUUUCCAUUUUGAUUUCGUGAUCUUUGGGACUAAUUCUCUCUGUGCUUUUGCUUUGAAUCUUGCUGUGUUUUUGCUUGUGGGAAAAACUUCGGCUUUGACCAUGAAUGUGGCUGGUGUGGUGAAAGAUUGGUUGUUGAUUGCGUUUUCUUGGUCUGUCAUUAAGGACACGGUCACACCCCUUAAUUUGUUUGGGUACGCGCUUGCUUUCUUGGGUGUUGCGUACUAUAACCAUUCCAAAUUGCAGGCCUUGAAGGCGAAAGAGACGCAGAAGAAGGCGGCACAGGCCGAUGAAGAGGCCGGGAGGUUGUUGGAGGAGAGGGAAGGAGAUGGAAUGGGAAAGAAGAGUGAAUCACAGGAUUAGUUAUUUAUUUUUAGAGAAAGUGAAAUGGAGGAAAAGAAAAGGAGUAAUGAAAAUAAGAAGAGAGAAGAAGAUGAAGAAAGAGGCUGGGUGCCUUCGGAUAGAUUUGGGUUUGGUAAUGUUGUCCUGUAUUUGAUUUGGCUGUUUCUUUUAGUAAUGUUUAAGGAUUUGAGAUUCAAUCUGUUGCUUAUAGGGCCCAUUCAUGUAUCUUAGAUUAGUAGAGUAAGAAUCUCAAAUGCCCUUCUUUCUUCUUUUUUCUUACUUAUGUUUGUUGAGGAGCUCGUUCUUCUUAUGACAUUUUCAGUAUGCUUAUUUAUUCAUAUUUGUUUCGUUUA